ACAGCACGCAUGACUGUGCAUGAACCGAGCUGGUUAAGCAAGACAGACGCCUCGAUUCUGCUGGAUCAAAUACUUAAAUUAGAUUCCUGUGAGUCAUCGCUGCACACUGCGCGGAGGGGUGAACUCGUCAGACCACGUUAACGACUCGUACCGCGAGAAAGCCCGAGAACAUGGAAACAAGACAACAAAAAUAAAUUUGUGGACAACAAGCCAGUGUGCAUGAUGGCGGCGUCCCUACUGCUGCGCCGGGACAAGAAAGCCACAGCCGCCCACUUGAAGGCAGACUUGAAUCGGGCUGACAAUAGCUCCGGGGUCCGACAGCUCCAGGAGCUGCUAGACACUGUGCUAAAUCCCGAAACACCAGCUGCGGACACCGAGGCUCUGGACUGGUGUAAAUGUCUCAUUGCAGGAGGCGAAGGUUUCGAGGAGUUCUGCAAAACCGUCCGGUCCUACGACAACGCGACUCUGUGCGGCUUGGUGUGGACCGCGAACUUCGUGGCGUAUCGAUGCCGGACCUGCGGCAUCUCCCCGUGCAUGUCCCUGUGUGCCGAGUGUUUCAACAACGGAGACCACACGGGCCAUGAUUUCAACAUGUUCAGGAGCCAGGCUGGCGGGGCCUGUGACUGUGGAGACAGUAAUGUCAUGCGAGAGAGUGGGUUUUGCAGACGGCAUCGGUUGAGAACCGGGGAGAAUCUCCCCUCAAUACCUCGAGACCUUCUCUUGAUGUCAGAGAUGGUUCUUCCUCACUUCAUCCUCUGUAUCAUACAGUAUCUGAGAGACGGAUACGUUGAACCAGACACCUCGACUGAGCGAGAUCUGCAGAAGGUCCUGCAGCAGCUGGAACCUCAGAUCUCCUUCCUGGAGGAGCUCACCAAGAUGGGAGGCGCAAUGAGGACUGUCCUGACAAAGAUCUUGACCAAUCAGCAAACAUUCAAGGAGUUGAGCAUGGGCCAAGAGGAGAAUUUGUAUGCUAAAAAGAACUAUGACAAGUAUCUGUCAGCCUUGCAGAAUUCAGGUCUGGUGUCUGUGGAGGAAAAAGCCCAAGCUGCUGCUGCUACUGCUGAUGUCACAGUGGGUGCUGAAGGGGGUGCAGGAGCAAUGGUCCUAUUGGGAACCACCGCACCAGAGAGCCCAGAUGAGUCGAGUAAAGAGGAGGACCAAGAUGCAGGACAGUCUGUUGGACAGAGGAAGCGGGUGAAGCUGAGCAGCAGUACCAAAGACCAGUGUAUUAUUGAAACUCUGAAGCACAAGUGCUUUCUAGAGGAGUUGCUGUUUUGGACAAUAAAAUACGAGUUUCCUCAGAAGAUGGUCACUUUCCUACUAAACAUGUUGCCAGAUCAAGAUUACAAGAUCACAUUUACAAAAACAUUUGUUCAGCAUUAUGCGUUCAUCAUGAAAACACUGAUGAAAAGCCACGAGUCAGACACCAUGUCCAACCGCAUUGUACAUAUUAGUGUGCAGCUGUUCAGCAACGAGGAGCUGGCUCGACACGUGACGGAGGAGUGUCAUUUGCUGGACAUCAUGGUCACAGUCCUCCUCUACAUGAUGGAGAGUUGCCUUAUUAAAAGUGAACUUCAGGAUGAGGAGAACAGUCGCCAUGUUGUGGUGAACUGCAGUGAAGCUCUGUUGAAGAACAACACCUACUGGCCGUUAGUUAGUGAUUUUAUUAACAUCCUCUCUCACCAAAGUGUAGCAAAAAAGUUCCUCGAGGACCAUUCAUUGUUGAUGCUGUGGAUGAGCUUCGUGUCAUUUUUCCAAGGCAUGAACCUGAAUAAGCGGGAGUUGACUGAACAUGUGGAAUUUGAGUCUCAGACGUACUAUGCAGCGUUUGCAGCAGAGCUCGAGGCCUGUGCGCAACCAAUGUGGGGCCUCUUGACACACUGCAAAGUCAAAGAGACGCAGGAAUACAGUAAAACGGUGGUACGCUACUGCUUGGAGACCUUGCAGAUCUGGUUCGAUUCCAUUGGCUUUAUUGACGAGCCUGCUCCAAAUCAAGUGACAUUUCACCUGCCACUGCACCGGUACUAUGCCAUGUUCCUCAGCAAGGCUGUAAAGUGCCAAGGCCUGGACCUGGAUAGCCUUCUGCCUGACCAAGAGAUUCUGAUGAAGAUCAUGGUGCAUCCGCUCCAAAUCCAGGCAUCCCUGUCAGAGAUCCACAGCAACAUGUGGGUCAGGAAUGGUCUGCAGAUCAAGGGACAGGCCAUGACCUACGUGCAAUCCCACUUCUGCAACUCCAUGAUCGACCCAGACAUCUAUCUGCUCCAGGUUUGUGCAUCAAGACUAGAUCCUGACUACUUUAUCUCAAGUGUUUUUGAGAGGUUCAAAGUGGUCGACCUGUUGACCAUGGCGUCCCAGCAUCAGAACGCCGUGUUGGACUCUGAGCAGGAGAGGCCGAUGCUUGAAGGAGCGCUGACCUUCUUGGUCAUAUUGACGAGCCUUCGUGUUCAUUUGGGGAUGACGGAUGAUGAGAUCCUUCGGGGUGAAAUGGUCUCGCAGCUGUGUAUGAAUGACCGUACACACAGCGCGCUGUUAGACCUUAUUCCUGAGAAUCCCAACCCAAAGAGUGGUAUUGUUCCGGGGAGUUGUAGUUUCGAGGAGAUGCUCUCUGCUGUGGCUGACUUCAAAGCACCGGUGUUCGAGCCUGGAGGCUCCAUGCAGCAGGGCAUGUACACACCAAAAGCGGAGGUGUGGGAGAAGGAGUUUGACCCCAUCAUGGUCGUCCUCAGAACGGUCUAUCGGCGUGACGUCCAGUCAGCAAUGGACAGAUACUCUGCAUUCUUAAAACAGUCCGGCAUGCACACCGGCAACCCAUGGCCACCUUACAAGGAGAGGACCGCUCUGCAUCCGUGUUACAAAGGCCUAAUCAGGCUGUUGCACUGCAAGACGCUGCACAUCGUGAUAUUCACUCUCCUGUACAAGAUAUGGAUGGAUCAUUCAAACAUGUCGGAGCAUGUGCUGUGCAUGGUGCUGUACCUGAUCGAGCUGGGCUUGGACAACCAGGUUCAAGACAACAAGGAGGAUGAGGAGCCUUGCAUUGAGGAGCACUGCCAUGACAGCUGGUUCCCUGGCACAAACCUGCUCUCCAAUCUGCAUCAUGUCAUCAACUUUGUGAGGGUUCGUGUUCCUGAAACGGCCCCUGAAGUGAAGAGAGAGGCCCCUCCUAGCACCAGCACUGAAGCGUCUUCUUAUGGCCAGACCUCCAGACGUCUUUCAGGGAAUUGGAGAGAGAACCUGCGUGAAGCUCAGGUGUUCAGCCUCGUAGCGGAGCGGAGGAGGAAGUUCCAGGAGAUCAUCAACCGCAGCAACACCGAAGCCACCCAGGUUGUGAGGCCCAAGAGCUCCUCGACGCGCUGGGUCCCACCGGGCACACCCCCGCAGCUGGUGACGGAGAUCCUGGAGAUCCGGGAGAGCAUGUUGUCCCUCCUCAUCAAGCUCCACCAGAAGUUGUCGUCCAAGCAAAACUCCCUGUCCGAAACGUGGCUGGAGGACAUGGACACGAGCCGCCACACUCACGGAGACGGCAUCACGGCCAUCGAGCGCAUCCUCACCAAGGCGGCCGCGCGCAGCUGCCAGAUCAAGCGUAGCAUCCAGGACAUUUGUGGAAAGGUGUGUCCUCCUGUGCCACCGAAGAAGAACAGUCCCGCUGACAAGAAAACCAUGGAUAAGGAAGAGAGACGUCAGAGAGCAAGAGAGAGACAACAGAAGCUGCUCGCUGAAUUUGCCUCCAGACAGAAGAGUUUCAUGGAAACAGCCAUGGAUGUUGAAUCCCCUGACACUGAGGCAGCCAUGGACCUGGGAGGGUCUGAAGUGAUGGAGUCUGAGGUUCUGUAUGACUGCGUGAUCUGUGGCCAAAGCGGACCAUCCACCGAGGAUAGACCCACCGGCCUGGUAGUUCUCCUCCAAGCAUCCUCAGUGCUCGGACACCGCUGCCAAAGCAAAGAGGCUAAGAAGCUACCGACUAGUGACGAAGAGCACAUCUACGCUGCGGACACGUGCGGAGUGGCUCAUGAUGUCCGGCUCACGCUCAUGCAAAGCUUCUUCAAAGAUAGCUCUUGUCUGCAGUCUGUGUCGAUAGGUUGGGACGGGGGCGUCUACGUUCAGACCUGUGGACACACUCUGCAUAUCGAUUGCCACAAGUCAUACAUGGAGUCUCUGAGGAAUGACCAGGUCCUCCAGGGUUUCUCUGUUGACAAGGGUGAGUUUACGUGCCCGCUGUGUCGACAGUUUGCCAACAGUGUUCUUCCCUGCCGCCCCGGGCGGGGCACAGAGGCUGGUGCCUGGCACACGCCCACAAACAAGAAGACGUUUGUGCUUGUCAAGGAGGUGCAAGAUCUUCAGGAGAAACUUGGCCCUUUCACGACAGAAUCCAACUUGAGUAAAGAGAUGGAGCUGGUUAUCAAAGACAUCAAGAAUACCACCCAGAAGAAGUACAUGGACUACGGCAAGAACCCCGGCUCCCCCGACAAUGAUUUCCUCUUCAUGUACUCUGUGGCAAGGACCAACCUGGAGUUGGAACUUGUGCACCGGGGAGGAAAUUUGUGUUCUGGAGGGGCCAGUGCAUCCGCCAAACGCUCGUGUCUCAAUCAGCUGUUCCAUGUGCUGGCCAUGCACAUGCGUCUGUACAGCAUCGAUUCAGCCUACAACCCCUGGACUAAGCUGACUCAGGUUUUACAAGCCCGAGAGGCAGAUGGCUUUGAAGACGAGAGGCCCGAGGUACCCAUGCUGUUUCGGGACAUCCCGUCCCUCCUGAUUAUCUUUGUGCUAACAAUGCCACAGCCUCUGCGGAAAGAGCACUUCACCUGUGUGGUGAAGAUGCUGUACAACCUGCAGUUCACCCAGGCUCUGGCUGCACUCUCAACCAAGUUCAGCCCAGAAGAACGGCAGGCCUGGAGCACAUCUGGAGCACUCAAGAAGAAUGUCGCAAAUGCCGAGACGUCGUUCGAAGCGCUGCUCAGUCACAUUAUCGGUGAGCUCUCUGAGGACAAGAGUGUCUACAAGGUGAAAACUGAAGAGACGUCGAUGCUGAGCUCCAGUGUGUGGUCUCCACAGUCUAUCGAGUUCAGCCUUCAGCAGUUCUGUCUGCCCUUCUUGCGACUCUCGUGCCUCCUGCAGCAUCACCUCUACGGAGACAACCUAACUGGCUGCCCGGAGGAGGAGGAGUUCGUGUCCUUGGCUGUGUGUUUGGAGCUCUUACCCUCGGCCCCUCAGCCUUCCAAAAUCGUGCACAGUGCCUGGUGUCUGAAUUGGGCGGUCAGCGCCUUUGGCUUGGUGACACAGUGGUGCACUGAGGUCACAGGGCUCACUCAGAUGCAGGCAGAGCAGUCAUUGACAUUGCUUGUCCAGGAACCUCAGUGGACAGCCCCCCGCCUUCUCCAGCUGCCCGACAACUACAAUAUCAUCUUCCAGUACUAUCACAGGAAGGCCUGCACCGCCUGUAAGAAGGUGCCAAAAGACCCCGCCCUCUGCCUCGUUUGUGGCGCCUUCGUCUGUCUCAAAGGCGUGUGCUGCAAACAGCAGGGUAUCUGUGAAUGUGUGUUGCACUCCCAACAUUGUGGCGCAGCUACAGGCAUCUUUCUACUGAUUAAUGCCUCAGUCAUCAUCAUCAUCCGUGGACAUCGUUUCUGCCUGUGGGGUUCUGUUUACCUUGAUGCCCACGGAGAGGAGGACCGUGAUUUACGCCGUGGCAAGCCUCUCUUCUUAUGUGAGGAGAGGUAUCGAGUGUUGGAGCAGCAGUGGGGUUCACACACCUUCGAUCACAUCAAUAAGCGUUGGGGGCCUCACUAUAAUGGACUCUAAGAUCUUCCAAAGUCCACUGAAAACAGCAACCCGUGACGGAGAAUUUUUUUCUUGUUUUGUUUUUUUUUGUUUUUUUUCUAGCUUAUGUGUCUGCCUCGAUCAAAAUAUUCGAGGACUCUUAACGUGAUAAACACAAACAUCCCAGUGAGGGUAUUGCUGCCACAGCCUUGGUUUAUGUGAAGUUUGGUGUACAAUCAUACCUAAAGAUUAACACGUGUGUGUGUGUGUGUGUGUGUGUGGGUGUGUGUGUGUGUGUGUAUGUGUAUGUGUUUAAGUGAUUUUUUUUUUUUUUUUUUUUGUGUGGUUUUCAACAGGGAAAAACAGAAUUCGGUAAGAUCAAAGUGAAAAGCACAACUUUGCCCAGAAAUUCAAUUGGUGUGGAACAUAUUCAUUCGGGUUAAAAAUAAAAAAUAAAAAAUCAAGUGCUGAUUGUCCCUGCAAAGUUUGAUUACUUUUUGCACCAUUUACGAUGACGUUAAAUGCAUAUCCCUUUUUAUUUAUCGAAAUGUGCUCUGCUGUGCUGGCAUGAGUUUCGGGCUCCUGACGAGUGUAGCGAUGUUAUUGCAAUGUGCACUCAUUAUCUGCAGACAUGUGAGGGUAGGCAGGACAAGUCCACCCAUCAACACACGAGAGUUUUUUUGCAAACAAGCAAAGGCUCUUUUUAUGGGUCUAGUUGCAAUCCAUCCUCAGGAAUUUCUUUUGUGUUUGCUGUUUAAAAUACGUUUUUAGAUAUUUAAAUAAAUGCUGCUGCUCAUUGUUCAAGUAAGUAAUUUUAACUUUUGUGAAGAUUUUUUUUCCUUUUUUUUUUUCUAUGGUUGUGCUUUGAGUUUAUGGAAGAUGGCUUGGAAUGUUGACUCAAACUCACUUUAAUGUUUAAGGGAGGUCUGCGUUCACCUCACUGCGCUCACUACAGAUCUCGGUGUCCCGCCCCAUCGGGCAGCGCUUUCUCUUCCUGGUUGGUUCUGAAGAAGAAACUCUGUAACACAGCUAAAGCUACAAACCUGUCAAUGAUCGAUUCCUUGUCAUCACGCCACAAAACGCCACAAGUCAAAAGAAUUUAAGUAGCAUACAUUCUUAAGAGAAAAAAAGUCAUUGCACUGAUAUGGUGUUCUGCUGCGCUGGCAAAACUGAACACCAUGACAGCAGAAAUGUUUUAUUGGCUUCUGUCAAGUUUUCUCCAGAAACUCUUGUGAAAUUCAGUGACAUUCAAGUUGCUUUUGAGAAGAAAUGUCAAUACUCUUCACCCGUCUGUGAUGACAAAAUACGUUUUUCCCUUUUUAUGCUCUUGAUUGUCGAGUCCUAGCUGCAGUACGGAGCGUUUAUUGUGAUGACUAUCCCUUACUCAUGCGUCAUCUAGCCGUGAUUAAUAGUUGCAUUCCAACAUAAAAUUGUCAGAUUUGAGUACACUGUGCAUGAUGUCCUUUUUAAAGCCACCAUUCGUUAAGUUAGCUACUUGAUUUUUUUUUUUGAUUAUCUUUUUGUUUCUUGGAGAGGAAAUUGAUCCAGCUGUGCCUGCAACGUAGUGUUUUUUGAGUGAUAAACAGCACGCUGCUGAUAUCAAUGACGUCUGAUUUUUAAAUGCUCGGCCACAUUGUGCGGCAUCGAGGGAUCUUUAAGGAACAAGUUAACGCUUGAAAAACCUUCCUCUUGAAUUCAUGCAUUCUGCUUUUGUGUUUACCGAGUUUCUCUCUUCUUUAUUUUUGCAGUACCCAUUUUGUAAAUGACCGCAACCAAAUAGCCAAUGAGUAAUGGGUGUAAAUUGUAACUGAAAGCUCUUGUGUGUUCUCCUGUAUGAAUGAGGAGAGAAUACAGUACAUUACUGUAGGUGCUGACUCAAACUUUCUGUUUGACCAGAAGGUAUGACUUGGGACAUUUAAUGCAAAAUGUAACAUAUGUGAAUAAAAUAUAAACACUGA